CCCAAAACAUACUGGAGCCAUCGGAAACAUGGGCACAGUCAGCGGUAGAAACAAUCCUAUCAUUACUGCCACUGGUUCAGGUGAAGUUAGUGUCAUUUACAACUUGUCGUCAGAUGGAGCAGGAGUACAUCCGCAGAGUCAGAAACCAGACCAGGAACCAAGAGUGGGGGAUCUCAACCAAAAAGUCGGUAACAAGACCAGGGGUAUUUUGAGGACAUGUUACAAGACAACGGGUAGCUAUGUUCAGUUGAACCCUGGGGCUCCUGACGAUCAAAGACCCAUUGUUGGCAUUUACACUAAAUUGCAGGUUAGAACAAAGAAAGGUACUUUAGAGGAAGAAUACUCUGACGAGACUGUAUAUUCCACAGAGUAUGAGAACAUAUUGAAAGAUUGGCCUGAGACAGAGUUCAAUCGUGCUAUUUUAUUUGGCAUUGGGGGUGUCGGCAAGUCAACCAUUUUUGACAAGAUUGCAUAUGACUGGGCCAAUGAGGCAUGUGAAAUCCUGAAAAGAUUCAAGCUUCUUUUUCUUUUAAAGAUGUAUGCCCUGUUCCAAGAAUCUGAUCUUGUUGAUUCCAUUUUUGAUCAACUUUUAGGCGUAAAGUCAGGAGUAGCCAAAGAUGAACUUGAUCAAUAUAUUCAGGACAAUUCAAAUAAGGUCUUGAUACUUUUGGAUGGUUUUGAUGAAAUGAGGACCAAAACACUUGAUGCAGCCUCAUUCGGCUCUAUCCUAAAAGCGCUCAAUAGAACAGAUUACAGGAAGUGUUGCAUUUUUGUCUCAACCCGCCCCUCUCAUCUUGAGACACUGAUGUCAAAAUCACUUGUCCGAAAUCCUUGCACACACGUAGAGGUUCUGGGGUUUACCAAGGAAGAUGUUAAUGAAUACAUUCUGAAAUUCUAUUACAAAGAUCCUGAUAGUGGCAGUGCACUGAUCCAAAACAUUGAAAAAUCCAACACACUGCUCGAUUUCUCCACGAAUCCAAUGCUUCUCCUUCUCAUGUGUUUGUUGUGGAGGGAGAAAAAACAACUCCCCGUAACAACUUCACGCCUCUUCACUGAGGCAGUUGUUUACAUGUUCACAAGAAAAGGAUAUAGCUCCGAAGAUGCAUCAAAAACAGUGAUUACUAUAGGAAAAACUGCACUGAGUGGAUUCGUAAGUGCCAACCAGAAUCUCUCAUUUCAAAAAGAUGAGUUUGAACAAAAUGCGCUGGACCUGGCACUGAAAGCGGGCAUCCUAACCCAGCAGAGAGUUAUCAUAAACCUCGAAUGCCACAACAACAUACAAUUCAUGCACAAGACUAUUCAGGAAUGCUGUGCUGGUAAAUACUUGCAAAGUGUACAUAUGUCAAACCCGGGAUUUGUAAAGCGUACGGUGUACAAAGUUGUUCCAUUUGGAGAAUUUCAAAACAAUUUAAGGCAACUAUGUCAGACAAUUGAGGGUGUCGUUUCAAAUGAUUUUCUUUUGCGUUUUUGUUGUGGCGACAAUGAAAAGUGCAUGACUGACAUUGUUAGAUUGCUUGACCGUAAAUUCAACAAGGAUCGACAUAAGCCCAUGUACCAAUCAGACGUUAUACAAUUAAUUAGUCAACACUGUUUUUUUGAAAGCCAAUCCAAAAAGAUCCCACAAUGUCUAACCAGCGACUCACUCAUCCCAUCAGAUAUCGUGGUGAAUAACAAUACUGAUGUCCGCAUUCUCAUAUACCUUCUUAAAAUAAUCUGUAGGUCAGAAGUCCAGGUGCUACAACUGUCACGCAUUGAAACCAUUCGGAUUGAGUCUGUGUCUUCUGUCAGUGGUUUAGCCUUCGCCCUGGGUUACAUGGAAAACCUCAGGCAUCUGACGCUCUACUGGUGUCCUUUAGUGAAGGGUGAUCUUGAGAAAAUCCUGUCAUCACUGAAAUGCAACUAUCUCUUGACCAGUCUUGACAUAAAUGGUUGCAAUACAUUGGGAGGUAGAGCUGUAGAAUGGGCCCAUAUCAAACACCUGACAAGCCUUGAGAAACUUGAAGUAAGGUGGUGCCAACUUAAGAGAACAGACAUUGAACACAUUGCCUCAGCUGUACAUGACGUGGCUAAACUGACUGACUUGAUCCUUGUUGGCAUCUGGACAUUGGGCGGAUCCGCUGACCUGUGGGCCAAGGAAUUACCCAAAAUGAAGCACUUAAAUAAGCUGAACCUGGUCCAUUGCGAUUUGACACAGUCAGACAUUCCACACAUUGCCUCAGCUGUAGGUAACAUGCCCAGACUGACUGAGUUGGAACUUGAUUUCAACGACCCAUUGGGUGGAUGUGCUGCAUUGUGGGCCAAGGAAUUGCCAAAAAUGAUGCACUUACAUAGGCUGGACCUGGGCAAUUGUGAUUUGACACGGUCAGACAUUCCACACAUUGCCUCGGCUGUAGGUAACAUGCCAAGCUUGACUAAGUUGAGCCUAUAUGGCAACAAGGCAUUGGGUAGACGGCAUAAGUUACGGUCCUUCUUCCCAUCACUCAGGGUUAUAUAUUAAUUCUCUCUCACCAAGCCCACUCUAGAAUUACAUGUACUUGACAUAACAUAUCAAAAUGAUAACUUCCCUAUAAAAGGAAAUGAAAUUUACAAGAAAAUCAACAAACUUAGAGUGUCUUUUGUUUUAAUCCUAAGCAGGACCAUUCUCACAGGCAAAACACGGUAAUACAUGCUCAGUUUAGACAAUUAGCUGUUCACCAUUGAAAAAUUAAUGCAAUAAAAUCAGGGACCUGUGCAAAUUCCAAAAACAGAUAAUUAAAAAUGAGUUAUUCCAGGAUGUCUGCUUGCAAUUUAAACAUAAACAUCAUAACCCAUUCUCGAUUCAGAUGGUCAAUAGUGUUGCACUGCGUGUAAGAUAAAUAGCUGUUCACCCUCUACACAUGACACCGUAGUUUGUCAUCAAAGUCAAACUGACACUCUUAAAGUCUGGUUAGAUAUAACCCUGCAUCCAGGAUAGACUGGACCUGACACUUUUCUGGGUUAAAAAGACAAUUUUCUUGGUCAAAUGGCAAGAAAGGUGACUCAAGAGAAGCGUUAUUUUGACGUGUCAUCGGGUCAAAUCUGACCCAGAUUUGGGUCGAAUCUGACCCGAGACUUUUUAGAGUGUGUAUGAUUUGCUGAUUGGGUCCAUGAGAAUGGACAAGGAACUGUAGAUUCAUGCUAACAAUGGACGGGGUGAAUCUGGCACAAAUCUACAGUUCCAAGUCUGUUCUCCAACUUUAAUUUCUUAAAACAUUAGUUUAUGCAAAUAAGAUCCCUGGUUGACCACAAUCUCACGUUUGUGAAUAAGUGUAGAUUCCAAAUCUGGAAAUUCUUUAUAAAGUGGCAAACAGAAUUACUGUAGACUUCAGAUCUUUACGUGUGUGCACGAAAACAUCACUAAUUUGAAAACCCAGUGGAUAUAUGGUAUUUGUUGAUUUCUGAGGCUGUAUGGGUGGUUUGGUCCAUUUCCAAGUUGAGACUUGUUGGCCUGACAACAGUUGUAUAAGUAUCACCUUAAAACAAUGAGAAGUUUUGUGAUUGAUUCAACCUUAGAUGGUAAAUACAUGUACAUUUUGUAAAUAAAAUUAUAUUUUUGGAGACUCGUUCGCCAAGUGGCUUUAUUUUACUUAACAGGCAUGCGACUUUUCCUCAGAUCCCCUGAUUUCCUCGUUUUUUUACUUCUCAUAAAUGCCAUUACAAAUUGAAAAACACUGCGCAAAGUCUUGUGUGGUUUGGAAUGUUCUCGUUUUUUUUCUUCUUUUAAAUUCCCAGUUGCAUGCGUGACUUAAGUAAUACGGUUUAAACAAUUAAGUAUUACCAGGAGUAGUUUUGGGAUUAUUCCAUCCACCAAUUAAUGACUUUUUUGGUAAAUAUUUGUUUUGAAAAGAAUGUUUAUGUUAUAUUUGAUUUAUAUUUUGUAUAAACUUUGGUGCAGAGGUUGGUGGGAAGAUCAGUUUUAAAAACUGCAAAAGAUGGAAUAACUGAUUUGACCCAGCAUUGAAAGGGGGGGGGUACCUAAGCAAUUGUUUUUGGGAUUGUAUUCCUUGAAAAUUUAAAACUACUAAAUGAAAUACCAAGACAAAGGAUUUUUUUUUCCAAGUAAACCACAAAAGACAACUCACAAGGGGCAUUAGAAUUGUUUUCAUAAAUAUUUCAAGCCAAAGAUUAUAAUGACAUAUUUGGAUGUUACAUGUAAUAGGGUGUGAUAUGUCAAUUCUCUGUCGAUUUCACAAAGUUUUUAUAUAUAUAUUUUUGAUCAUUUAUAUCUGUAAUCAAACAUUAAUUGACCCAUUAUUCUUUUAAACAUCAUACAAAAAUUCUCAUUUUUUUGGCAAGUCAAAGAAAAGUUCCAUAUGUAACGUACCAUCUUUACCUCAAAGACUAACACAAAUUCGUGUGGGUACGGUAUUCUCCUUUCAGA